GUUCUACAAAAAAGAUCAGGUCAACAAGAAAAAGUGAUAACUAAAUAGUUAUAGAAAGAAAAAUAACGUGUUGUCAAAACUGAAUUCCAGCUAACACUUAUUAAAUUCCUGGAAAUGAAAGCGAAAGUAUAUCUGGCCACUAAAAAACGUCUGGCACUCAUUGGGAACAGAGACCAUUUUGGCAGCCCAGACCAGUACAUGUUUUCGUUCUCGUGGCGCUUUCGCGCGUGUACACGAGUCUACUUGGUCUAAUAUUAUGAGCAUAAUAAUAAACCAUAUAGACUCGUGUACACGCGCGAGCGCCACGAGAACGAAAACAUGUCUGGGCUUCCUAUAUGCAUAGACACUACAAAAGCAAGAACAAAAGCACAAUUCUGCAAUUGUUAGUGGUCAUUGAUGUCUACCUAUAAAAAUGAUCUAGUCUUCACUGAUAACCAACAAUGGAUUGUCAAACAUUGCCAAUGAAUUAUGUCGUAUAUGGAAAUCAGGCUUUGUGAUCACCAGUCUCAUGUACCAUACUUCUGGCAUCUCAGAUAGUCCAAAAACGUAUACCAGCUAACAAUUUCAAAAGUACAAAACAAAACCAAAUCCAAAGAUCAACAUUGCCAAAAUUACAAUUAUUCUCCUUUAAACAGUGAUGGAGAGCUAUGAUAUUCAAUCCAAGCCCAAGGACAAGAAAAAGGCAGACUAUUUCUUAAGUCUACCUAAUGAAGUCCUGGUGAAGAUUUUCUCUUACCUUGAAAUCCAUGAUGUCAUGUAUCUCAGCCUAGUAUGUAAGCGGUGGAACAGUGUUUCCAGUGCAGAUUCUUUGUGGGGAAAAUUUGUGCCAAAAUACCCAGGAAUAAAUCUCCCAAAAGCAAAGACCCAAAAGAAUAUUUUUCGAAAGCUCUGGUCUGAUGGAGUCCAAAUUGGAAAAGAAAGAUGGUUGCCCAACCCACUGCCUGAUCUUGUAGAAUAUAACAUUUCAUUGGAGAAACAUAAUAAAGAACAUAUUCCGGAAGAAAGUGAUGAAGUAUUUUCACUGUCAAAGUGUAUGCUUUAUCUUCGUUUAAAUCAACUUUAUCGUUUCACUACUGAUGAAGUAGAACAUGAUGAUCCUCUCAUGGGGGAAAUUGUUCAUACAAUUUGUGAUAAACUAGGACACAUUUAUAAACCUGGUGAUGAGGAGCCUGAUGUUCCUGUACCGGAUACAACAUCUCUUAUAGACAUGGUCUUUUUUGGAGAUAAGAAAUUUGCCAUGUGGAUGAUUGCCUAUUGCUGUUACGAUUCACGAACGAGUGAGCAUCGUUUUCUGAAGGAAAACGAGAAACUAAUCGAUGAAGAAGGCCGUAUUAACGGCCGAGGAGUCGGUGAUGCUUUCUUAGUUCCGGGAGGAAUGUGUUUGAGCAAGAGCCUUUUUGAUCAAAUUCGAAAUAUUGUUGUUGGUACAAAUGACCGAUUUAUAAUUUAUAAUGUCGCUCUUAGUUAUAGAAAUGAACAAUUUGACGAACUUCCCUAUGCGAGGCAAAUUUUAGUUAGCGACACAGCAGUCGUUCUUUGUGCGAGCCGAAGAUUUGCAACCUCGUAACCUCUAAAUUCAAAGGUGAUGUUUGAAACUUUUAACCCUAUUUUCAGGGUAAUUGUCAAACCAAAUAACUAUUGAUUAAAUGUUACGGGGUUUUGCAUUUGGAUCAAGGACGUCAAUCCAGAAGAGAGGGGUUGGAAACAAAUAUCUAAUUGUCCUCCAAUUAUUAACGUUUGUGACAAAAUCAUUUUACUUCGCGAUUCAAAUGUUCGAUGUAUAAUUAAUACAAAUACAUUUUACUAUUAGCCUCGCACUAAACUAUACCUGAACCUUAUGUUGGGAGUGAUACGACUGCAGAUGUCGACCACUCGACCCCAGCGUUAUAGUCGGUUCAAAGUUGAAUGUUAACACAUGGACAUCAUCAUUCA